AUGGCAGCUCCUCCAAUGCCAGAUAUGUCGAAUGCCAUUGUGGCACAAGAUGAAAUGGGAAGACCUUUCAUUAUUGUUAGAGAUCAAGGCAAGAAACAGAGAAAGCACGGUAUUGAAGCUACCAAAUCACAUAUAUUAGCGGCUAGAUCAGUUGCAUCAAUAGUAAAGACUUCGUUGGGACCAAGAGGGUUAGACAAGAUUUUGAUUAGUCAGGAUGGGGAAAUAACUAUAACUAACGAUGGGGCUACGAUUUUAUCACAGAUGGACGUCGACAACGAGAUUGCCAAGUUGUUGGUUGAAUUGUCGAGAUCGCAAGAUGAUGAGAUUGGAGAUGGUACCACAGGGGUUGUUGUUUUAGCAGGUGCGUUAUUGGACCAAGCUUUGGAAUUGAUUGAGAAGGGGAUUCACCCAAUCAAGAUUGCUAACGGGUACGAUGAGGCAUGCAAAAUUGCAUGCCAACAGUUGGAUGAGAUUGCGGAUGAGAUCAGUAUCAAGAAUGAAUCCACGGACACCAACUUGUUGAAGUCGGCCAAGACGUCGUUAGGAUCCAAGAUUGUGUCCAAAUCGCACAACCAGUUUGCACAAAUGGCGGUUGAUGCCGUGUUGGCAGUAGCUGAUUUCGAAAGGAAGGAUGUUGAUUUCGAAUUAAUCAAGAUGGAGAGCAGAGUCGGGGGUUCUAUCGAAGAUUCGUCUUUGAUCAGGGGUGUUUUGGUUGACAAAGACUUCUCGCAUCCACAAAUGCCUAAGAGAAUUGAAGAUUGUAAGAUUGCCAUAUUAACAUGUCCAUUCGAACCACCAAAGCCAAAAACCAAGCAUAAGCUUGACAUUUCCACCGUGGAAGAGUUCCAAGUCUUGCAAGAAUAUGAACAAAAGAAGUUCCAGGAAAUGAUUGAUCAUGUCAAGGCUUCGGGCGCUAAUGUUGUUGCGUGCCAAUGGGGAUUUGAUGACGAAGCCAACCAUUUAUUAUUGGCCAACGGUUUGAACGCUAUCAGAUGGAUUGGUGGCUCUGAAUUGGAAUUAUUGGCUAUUGCCACUAAUGGCCGUAUCGUCCCAAGAUUUGAAGAUUUAUCGCCAGAAAAAUUGGGUAGGGCUGGUACCAUAAGAGAAUUAGAAUUUGGUACCACCAGAGACCGUAUGUUGGUGGUUGAAGACUGCUCUAAUACUAAGGCUGUCACCUGUUUUGUUAGAGGUUCCAACGAAAUGAUUGUAGCUGAAGGAAUCAGAUCCUUACAUGACUCUAUUUGUGUUGUUCGUAACUUGAUUAGAGAUAACAGAGUUGUUUAUGGCGGUGGUGCGGCUGAAUUGACAUGCUCUUUAGCUGUCAGUGAAGCUGCCGAUAACCAAAUCGGUAUUGAUCAAUACGCUUUCAGAGCCUUUGCUAAUUCUUUGGACACUAUUCCAAUGACUCUUGCCGAAAACUCCGGUUUGGACCCAAUUGAAACUUUAUCUAGCUUAAAGUCUAAGCAAGUUAUUGAAAAAUCAUCUCACUUAGGUGUUGACUGUUUAGGUAAGGGCACCAAUGAUAUGAAAGAAUUAUUUGUCAUUGAUCCAUUGAUUGGUAAGAAACAACAAUUAUUGUUGGCCACUCAAUUGACAAGAAUGAUCUUGAAAAUUAAUGAUGUUAUUAUCAGUGGUAAAGACGAAUAUUAG